UAAAUCAUUAAAAAAAACAGCAAAAUAUUUCUAGUUCUGGUGUGCAUCAUUACUAUGUAGCUUGGCGUGUUCAGAAUCGUCCAAUCAGUGGAUGCGUGAAAAAGGAUGGGGCGAUGUAAUUGUUCUGAUUGGAUGAAACUAUGAACACGCCCGUCUGAGGCAAUCUGACAUUCACACACGGCAAUCGGCAAAACCUUCGCAUGACUCUUUGAAGGAUUACAGAAAACCGCAUAAGCAAAAUGCUAUUGAGCAUAUUUGGAAAAAUUUAGUUAGUAACACAAUACGCCGUAAAUUACUUAUUGUUUUAUUUCCCCGUGUCCGAUCAAUUUAGGUCUAGAUUUCCUUAAACAAAAAGAGUCGUCCCGGUUCGCUUGUACAUCAUUUAAACCAAAAGCGUUUCCUGGAAUCGUUACAUUCAACAUGGAUUUCGUUCUCGGCGGCGUGGCUGCGUGUGGUGCUUGCUUAUUUACUAACCCUUUAGAGGUCGUGAAAACUCGGAUGCAACUGCAAGGAGAACUAAAAAGCCGAGGGACCUACCAGAUUCAUUAUAGGAACGUGUUUCACGCCUUUUACACGAUAGGUAAAAUAGAUGGACUGGCCGGUCUACAGAAGGGAUUGGUACCCGGACUGGUUUAUCAGAUGUGUAUGAAUGGGGUCCGGCUGGGGUCUUACGCCAUCAUCGAGUCCUUGGGCUACAUUCACACGGACGGAAGGGUCAGCGCGGCGAAGAGCACAGUGGCAGGGGCCGUUGCCGGUGUUGUGGGAGCAGUUAUGGGAAGCCCGAUUUACCUGGUAAAGACACACCUUCAGAGUCAGGCAACUUCCUCUAUUGCAGUUGGACACCAGUAUAAACAUCGGGGAAUGAUGCAUGCACUAAUGGACAUCCACAAACAGCACGGCAUUCUGGGAUUAUGGAGGGGGGCAAGUGCAGCAGUCCCAAGAGUCAGCGUGGGAUCAGCCGCUCAACUCUCCACCUUCUCUGCCUCUAAAGAAUUGGUCACCGACUUGCAGGUUUUCUCAGAGGGCAGCUGGUUAAUAGCUCUCAGUGCUGGUAUGAUCAGUAGUGUAGUGGUUGUAUCGGCUAUGACACCUUUUGAUGUGAUCAGCACUCGCCUUUACAACCAGCCUGUGGACCAUCUCGGCAAGGGCAUACUGUACAAAGGUUUUGCGGACUGUUUCUCAAUGACGCUGAAGAAGGAAGGUAUGACUGGUCUUUAUAAAGGUCUCGGAGCCUCUUACUUCCGGCUCGGUCCGCACACCAUCCUCUCUUUAGUUUUGUGGAACGAGUUGCGUACGUUGUAUUACAGCUACAGCUAGUGUCACACUAUCAACCUGAUGUUUUAAGAACCGCUUUUUAAAAGAUAAGGAGUCUUCACAAUUUUUAAUAUAGUAAUAUUUUAUAUUUAAUUACUAACAGCAAGGGGCUGUUCAAAAGAUGACUUGUCACAAACAUAUGCAGCUUGGAAUACGACGUGAUUAAGAACACACAGAGACGAAACAUUUAAAGGGAUUGUUCAUCCAAAAAUGAAAAUUCUGUCAUCAUUUACUUACCCUCGUCCACUACCAUAGUUGAAAAAAAUAUUGUACAUUUUUUGUUCUGUUUAACACAAAAUUAGAUAUUUUGAUGAAUUUAGGAAAACAAACCGUUUUGGGGCACCUUUAACUACCAUUUAAUUUUUCCUACUAUGGUAGUCAAUGAUGUUCCAGAACUGAAAAUUGCAAACAUUCUUCCAAAUGUCUCUCUUUGUUCAUCAGAACAAAGUAAUUUAUACAGGUAUGAAAUUACAUGAGGCUGAGUAAAUGUAAAUGAUGACAGAAUUUUCAUUUUUGGGUGAACUAUUCCUUUAAAAAACGCACAAAUGUGACUGGUGCUUAUCCACACUCUAACGAAGUCCUUUAAGGAAAAUCACUGUGCUCAGAGGCCAUAUUUGCAGUGCCUCAGGCAGCUAUUUUAGUCAUAUAACACCAAGUCUUGUCUACGGUUAAUAACAAAAACAUUAGAAUGUACUGAAUGCAAAAGGGUGAGAUAUUUCUAUGCUCUUAUACUUUACACUCCAGCUGUUUUGCGAAGGGUUUUAUUAAGGAAAGCAUAUCGGCACUUGAAUCAAUGUUACUGUAAAAUGUGUACUUCUGAAGAUUGUUUAUGCAAAUGUAUACCAUGCCAUUGUUAAAUUGUUGAUUGUAUUGGUUGACCGAUGCUUAAUCGUUUUAUUGGCCAUGAAUGGUGCAUUUCACAUUGUCAAAAUAUUUUAGAACUGUUAUCAACUGUUACCUGAAAAAAUAGUAGGUAGAGAUAAAUGAAAAUGAACGCACAAUUAAUGAAUAUUUUUGCAUUUAAAAAUGUUUUUUUAACUUAAAGGAACUUAUUUUUGACUUAUACUUUUAACCCUUUCCGAAAGAUUAAAUAUGAGCUACUGCAUCUGCAUGCCAUGAUAAUUUGUAUAGUAUGAAUCACAUGUACUGUACUGAAUGUAGUUCUUAGAGAAUAUAAACGUUUGUUGUUUUAGUCUUUUUUUCUCGGAGGGCUGUAAGAUUACUGCUGCUACGUUUUCAUCAUGGUUAGAAGGACAAAGACUUACAGUACAUUUAACAGAAAUGUUAAAAUGAAGUUGCAUUCAAAUUGAUUGGUUAAAACAUAAAAUCAAAAGUAUUCUGUUUUGUUCUGCUGGUGCCUUUAUGUAAGGAUUUCUCAUUUUUAUUUUAAUGAAUUAAUAACAGCACUGUAUAAUCAAACCAUACCAUUUUAGUUAUAAGAUUGCCAAUUUGUCAAGAAAUCCAAU